AUGGUGCAGCUGGCCGUGCGCCGGGCGGCGCGCGGGGAGGCGGCGGCGGAGUGGCUGCUGCUGGAGCUGCAGGGGCAGCUGGAGGCGCGGGGCAGCGGCGGCGGCGGGCUGGCCGGGCGGCUGCUGGGGGACCUACACUUCACCCAGGAGGGAGCGCCGGUGCUGAUCGUGGGCCACCACGUGCUCUACGGGAAGGCGGUGCGACUGGAGAAGGCCGUGGCCGUCCUGCGUAGAGGAGCCGCCGCGCCCGGCGACCCUCCCGGCCCCGCCGCCUACGAGGUCGCCGCGCUCAUCCGUACCAAGAUGCUCUUCAAAACGCGCCCCAAGCCCAUCGUCCCCAGCGCGCCCAAGAAGGCCUGAGUCCCGCCGGCGGGCCCUCCCCGGUGCUCUUUGGCUGUCAGGCUGGCAUUUGGGUGCCUGUCUAUUCUUUGCCGAAAGGGGACAGUUUGUUGGGACCCUGUUAAUUUGGGGGCGGGGGGGACAGAAAAAGGCUCCUCUGUUUACAAAGCUUUAUUAUUGUAACAAAUGCA